CUCGGGGGAAGGCGGUGGACGGGAAUGGGGGGCCGGCGGGUCUGGGAGUCGGUGUUGGGGUCCUGGAACGCGAGUCUAGAGGCCGGUAUCCCUGCUUUACAUCUGGGCUACACCUGAAAUGAAGUUGGCUUGUCUGAUCUCAGAAACCUGAUGAAUUCUGCGUUGGGUAUUUCCAGUCCCUUCCAGAACCUCGCCUCCGAAUCAGAGAGCGACCUCGUUCAGAAACUGAAGAAGGAACUCCAGCUGGUACUUGCAGAGCUGAAAGAUCGUGAUAAGGAGCUGAACAAUAUGGUGGCUGUGCACCAGAGACAAUUUUUGGCGUGGGAGGAUGAUCGUCAGAAAAUACUGACCCUGGAAGAACGAAGCAGCAGGUUGGAAAAUGAGCUACAUAAGAGAAAUGAAAUGAUAACUACUCUGACCCAGAGAUUAAAGCUCCUGGGGUCCCUGCAGAAUGACUGCAGUUCGACGCUCGAAAACACUCAGCAGAAGCUGCAGGAGCUGUCUCGAAAAGCCUCCGACACGUCUCUUCAAUGUCAGACCCUCGAGGAGAAAAACCAAACCUUGGUUGGCUCCGUGAUGGACCUCUCGAACCAAGUGGGUCAGCUUCAAGCUAGAGAACAAGACCUCCUGACACUUUUAAGGCUCAAGGAUGACGAUAUCCUUGAAGCAACCAAUCAGAUCGCCGAGUUUACCAGCAAAUUUAAAAAGUUAGAAAGUGCCCUGUGCGCAUGCAAGACGCAAGAAAGGAGUUUCAGCGAGGAGAAGCAGAAUUUUAAACUCAGGAUGAAGGAAAUGAUGUCAGAAGCAAACAGACUAAAAGGGGAUCUCAGUGAAAAAAUAAAGGAAAACAGUGCCCAGCGGGAAGAAAUUAUACAGCUCAAGCAAGAAAAUGUUUAUUUAAGUAGUGAAUUAAUGCUUACCGCCGAGAGGGAAAAUCGGAAAGUUCAGCUGCUUCUUUCCGCCAAAUCGAAACAGCUUCGGACAGACACGGAACUGAACAAUUUGAGACAGAUCUACCUGAAGCAGCAACAGGAUCUCCAGUUCCUGCAUUUCCACCUGGAAAGUUCCCAAGAGAAACACAGGACAGAGUCUCAGGAUGGAAGCCCAGGAAUGGUUUUGUCGGAUCUCGAGACCAGCGGCGACCGAGACUCCCUCCACGGCGAAGUCGUCCAGGAGAUCCCAACCCAUUUCGUCCACCUUCCCGACUGUCCUUUGAAAAAGGCCGGCCACCCCUGCCAAGCCCAGAGCAGGCAGCAAGAGCACCUACACGAAGGGUCGUUUUGCCAUCCCAGACACUUCCGUCGGGAAGAAGGGAUGCUGAGCAGUCCCAGGAGCGCCGGGGAGGUGGAAGACCGCUCGGCCGCAUGGCUGGACAAUCCCCGGAAGUCCAGAUCCAAGGAAACUGUUUGGAUGUCGGAGCUGGGCCCGGUGACCUCUUUACCGAGACACAAACAUUGGUUUGAAGCCAACUUCUGCGCAGCGACCUCAGGAUGUUUGGCGCCCAGGUUCUUCGACAAAGCCAGCGGGGAUUGCAAAGAUGCCCCCGCGGACCCGGGCAGAAUCCCCCCUCGGCAAAAACCCCGUGUGCCUCCCCAUCCGGGGAACCCCGCCUGCGAAUUGGGCUGCUCAGCCUGCAGCGCCGUCCGUCAAGCCAGCCUCUACCGCUCCAACCGGGAGUGGGCCGAAAUGCUCAAGCCGGUGAAGAACAACGGCAGUGCCUUAUGGGGUGGGGAGUUGUCCCCGAGGCCUCCGGAUGCUCCCGAGUUGAAAAGUGACCAGGAUGGGAGUCUGAACGGUUUCGACUGGGACGGGCCGUGUUUCACAUCAACCCAGAGGUCAAAGGAGACGAAAGCUCCUGAGAUGCCCUCCGCCUCAGACCAUCCUUCAGACCUCCGGGCACCCAGCGGGUGUAACCAGCUUCCCACCCACUGCGAUUCUCGCUCGCCCGACGACAAGCUGCAGCAGAUGUUGGCCGAAACCCGGCAGAUGGUCACCCACCUGGAGCACAGCCACCUGCUCAGCGCCAGCCCUCACUACAGUCCGACCGGCAGCCUCCACACAACAGCGGACGAUCCCAAAUCCGUUUGUGAACGCAAGGAGCCCGUAGAGGAAGAUUCUAGAAGGAAACUUCCUCCUUUUGCUUCUCAAGAAAGAAAAACCCCUUCCUGAAGGCAGAACAUAUCCUCCUCGGAUUUGUCACCCACCACUCAAUUUGGGGGAGAGAAAAAAAAAAAUCCUCAAAACUCACAGCUCAGUGCUGGCGAUCGUCCCCCCAACUAUAUAUAUAUAUAUAUUUUAAAAAA